AGACGUGGUUUUUGUUAUUUUAGGGGAAUUGCAUUGAAUAAACAGGAAGUGAAAUACAGGGACGCCUCUGCUGACACAUCAGGCUCAUGAUAUGCGGUUAAAAUGUUUAGAAAAAAAAGAAGACUUUUAGCAAACUUCUAUUAAACGCAUAGCCAUUUCAACAACGCUGAACCGCGAGAUGUCCGGACUUUCCCGAGCGCUUUGUUCAAAUUCCAUGCGACCGAUUUUCAUCGCGCUUUCUGGUUUGCUGGUGGCCAGUUCAGUAUCUGCUGAUCCAGUCGUGAAUGGGAUUGUUGGAGAGUCCGUUGUCUUGCCCGCUGGUUUGUCCCCACAGGAGAACCCAAGUGAAGUGGAAUGGGGAUGGGGUGAAAAAACCAUUGCUUUGAGUGAUGAGAAUGUAUCAGUUGAGCAGUUCAGAGACAGGCUGCAUCUGAACAGAAGAGACUGGUCUUUAACAAUCAAUCUGCUCAGAGCUGAAGACAGUGGAGAAUAUAAACGUAUUGCCAGGGCAGCUUCUGGUCAGCUCCCAACACACACUGUUACUCUUCGUGUUUAUGAAAAGAUCGAGUCGGAGGUGACGAGGAAACCAUUGAAUGAAACCUGCCAUGCGACGCUGCUCUGCACCACGAACCAACGAGAACACGUCUCCUACCGCUGGAAGAGAGGGGACCAGGAUUUACCUGAGCAUGCCGGGACACUGGAGGUGUCCCUGAGCCCCGGAGAGAUUAAUGUUAUCUUCACCUGCAUCGCUUCUAAUCCAGUCAGUGAGGCAGCAGCGUCUAUCCGGGAGAGCUGUGCAGAGUCCUCGGGGGGUGUUUCGUUCUGUGUGUUGAGGAUGGUCCUUCUCUCCCUCGGUCUGGUUCUGAUGAUCUCUGCUGUGAUCGGAGUCCACGUGAGGGAUUGCGCGCAUACAAAAAGAAAUGUGCGGCGGCAUCGAGCAGCAUGUGAGACUUAAAGGAAGCAGAGACCGGUUUAGCCUCCUGCACUGAGAAAGGACUGCAGACCCGCAGAGCGACUGAAUGCAAACCUGCACUGAGAAAGGACUGAUUACCGUGUCUAAUACUUCACUGUAGAUACAACAUUGUCUUAAUCAUCCUAACUUGUCGCUUCUUAUCUCGCAUUGUCCAAAACCAAAAUGUACACAUUGAGAAAUAUGUUUUUUCAAUGUUUUUUUUCUUAUAUUUGUAUAGUUUUUGUGAGCUCUACUUGCAAAGUAAUGGCUUUGUUUUUAAACACUUGGGAUCAGAAUUUACUACUACUACUAC